GUCCAUGAGGGUAGGAGGAGUGAACAUGGCAUUGCAGAGUGCCGGGGAUGCCUUGAAUAAACAAUUCAGUCAAGCGACUGACUGCAGGACUCAAGAGCACUAGUAAACCGCACAUGUGGGGAAUAGACGCUGUCAGCCCCAGCCACUUUUCCGUUUUUUUUAAACAUCUGAAUUGUUCGUUAAGAGAAAUGUUAUACGCGCCUCUCCGACUCUUCCCAUAAAUGCAGCAUAUUUUUCAACGGGAUUCUCUUCAGUCACCACCCGAACAGGGCUGUCACCAGCUGACCUUGUGGACAGAAUUAUUGGAUGUGGGAAGUGAUUGCACCCAGAACAUUGAAGUACAGAUGAGUUGCCAUGGAAUUCUGCAAGACUGACAACAUUAUGAUCCUGUACUCAUCUUAACAACGGCAGACAUGGAUAUAAACAAUAAAAGUCAUGCUUAGCUCUUUCCUCCUGUAUGGGAGAAUGGCUUGUGAAGCUACAUUAGGCCUUUCUUUUACCUAAAAACCACGGUUUGGAAGCUAAAAACUGUGACAACUCUUGGCAGAAAGCAUAAGAACAAUUUUUCCCUCUAUUGUGGUAGCUAACCAUACAAGGGACUUUAGUAUUGAACAUGACUCAUGGGGAAGAGCCUGGCCCUGAAACACACCAGGAUUCUGCUGUAUUAACAUAUCUGGAAGGCUUACUCAUGCAUCAGGUAGCAGGAGGACAGGGUGCGGCUGCAACACAGAGUGGAAGCCAAGAGCAGAGAAAUAAGGAUGGACCAGGGCGUGCACAGCCUAAUCAUGGCACUAGACAUGAGCAGAACCGUACAAAUUCCCACUGUGGAGCCUCACAGCAUCUCAGAAAGGCACGCCUUCUUAACUCUGAGGCCUGGACAGACAGUGAGACUCAACGGAGAUCAGUUCCCUCUGUUGCACUCAACGGGCAACAUGAAGACCACCACAGUGGCCAAAAUGGCUCUUCACAGGAUAAAGGAGAGAGCACACUGCUAGCCAGUUUGCUACAGUCUUUUAGUUCUCGACUUCAAAAUGUGAGCCUGCCACAGCAGAUUAUCCAAGGCUUGAGGCCACCAGACACCUCCUGCCAGAUAAGCAAGCCUGCACAAGAGGAAAAGGCAGAUGUGCCUUGCCACAGACCUGCCUCAAGCCACCUCCAAGAGUUAGUGAGCAAGAACAAACUUCAAAAUCACAGCAACAGUGUGCCUUAUCAACACAGACGGUCUAGCCAUGAAAGUUUUUCACCAUCUCCUAAGGCACUGCAGAGUAGUACUCCUUCCCCAUCUCCUGAGUCUCUAUCUUGUACUGAGCGCCUAAAAGCUGUGGCAAGCUUGGUAAACAUCAGAUCAAGCCCUGCUCCAUCUCCCAAACCAAGUGUUGCCUGCAGUCAACUGGCUCUUUUGCUUUCCAGUGAGGCCCACCUGCAACAGUAUUCUCGAGAGCAUGCCCUGAAAGCCAAACUUUCUGGACGAUCAGCCAGUGAAAGACUGUCUGCCAUGGCCACACAGCAGACACCAGAAAAACAACCUACAACUUCCAGCCAAACUCAUGGACUAAGCCUCUUACACACCAAGAAUGGAAUACCUUCACAAAUGUCAACAAGCUCCAGUAGACAAAGUCCCAGCCAAAUUUCAGGGCAAAGAAGGACAGAAAGUUCAAUGAGGACAGGACAUCGUUUUAGGGAGCGUCGACCUUUCGAAAAACAAGGCAGACCAUCACAGAAUUGCAGCAGUCUUCUUCUUCAGCUUCUUAACAGUCACAACACCUCACAGCGAAUUAAUGGACAGGGUCACUUGAAAGAUGACUUCAAUACCUUUGGCCCUCUGGCCUCUCCGCUUUUUUCAGACAGUGAACACUCAAACCCUGACAGCAGUUUCACAAAAGACAGCAGUGAUGCUGAGAGCAGUUACUCUAGUUGCUCUCCUAUUGACCUUUCUCUGAAGAGCAGAACAAAUGUACAAACACCAGUGUCUAUUUCACCCUCACCUGUACGAGAUAGACUCCCAGAGUCCUCAUUUAACAUGUGGAAGCCUGAGAGUUCCCCUCUCAAAGUUACAGCAGAUCACAGAGAGAUGGACUCCUGUUCAGAGAUGAAGCCUCAUCACAAGGUCACACUAUUACAGUUGCUCUUGGAUCACAAAAAUAACGAGAGAGUAAACAAAAGUCUGGAUAAUCCAGAUUUGCUGGGAGCUGUAAUCCCUAAGGUCACUAGUGCAUCUUCAAGUAGCCAAAGUGUUUUCAGUACAUCUAGGUGUAAGGACCCAAGUGACCUUAGUGGACACUGUGGAUUGAGUUGUAGAAGCCCUAAACUUUUGCCAACAUUAUCCCAAAGUAGAGACUCAAACAGCAGUGCAUCACCAUAUACACUUUAUGGGUCUCCACAUUCUCAGUGUGUCCCCUUGGACCUUUGUAAAGUGAAACAACCUACAAGUGAUGUAAGAGUAAAAGAACCUGCUUUUAGUGCUAGCAAGCUGUUGCAGAAUUUAGCUCAGUGUGGAAAACAAACCCCUGAUAUUUCACCUCCAACAAAGGCACAUUUACCCCCUGUAAAACUCAUGACUCAAGAACUGAAAGUUAACCAUCCUCCAACUUUAAUUGAGAGACUAACUGCACCAGUUCAAAAAAAUAACCCACUGUGGGAAGAGGCUAAGGCAAAACCUUCAAAUGUGCCCGAAGCAACGCAGCAAGCCUCGGAGAUCGAGAAUUUGCUUGAAAGACGCACAGUUCUGCAGCUGCUUUUGGGCAAUGCUCCUCAGAAGGAAAAGGUAGGCAAUAAAAGAAAACGAGAACACAGCAAGACUAAUUCUGGAGAAAAACUGAUGCAUCAAACAAUAAGCCAAGCAAAUGGUCCUCCAUUGGAUAUCCCAAUUAAAACUGAGCCAACUGAAGAGGGUCAAACUAAUGACUACAACAAAAUGUCACAGCAAUGCCAGAAUUCAGUUUUGGAGCAAAGAAGCUGCAGCACCAGUUAUCUUUCUCAAGAAAACAUCAAACAAGAACCACUUUCCCCAGAGGCUUCCACCAGAGAUGGCCUUCUCUGUCAUCUCCUUAAAAAACGACCCAAAGCACUACAGCGAAACAAGUUGGAGGACCUAAAUAAGAGUUGUGUUAAAGAAGAUUCCGUUCAAACCCAGGGACCAACAAUCCCAAAGAAGCGAAAGUUUUCGAUAGAACAAGAAUAUCAUAACUCUUUAAUUCAGCAGACCAGCAAAUUGGAACAUUCUGGCAGCAUAAAAGAAGACAAUGGUAGUUGUUUUGCCACUGAUAAUCUAGAGACCAGAGAAGCCAGAGACCCAUCUAGCCCCCCUCAGGCAGACAGUCCACCAGCUAGGUUUCCACCAUAUGAGUCUAACGAAAACAGAAGUUUCAAUGUUCUAAAGCAGCUGCUUCUUUCAGACAACUGCUUGAAGGAAUUGUCUCAACCAAGAAGUACAUUCAGUCCACCUUCACAUACAGUGUUGAAUGGAAAUACAAUCAAGCAAUCAUGCAAUGGAGGUGAGCAUCAAAACCUUCACAGGAGUCUGAGCCCCAACAGUGCAUCUUCUAAAAAAACAAGCGGUCACAGACCAGAAUCACCCAAAGUUACACAGCAGGAACCCGCAAGGUCAAAAAUUGAUUACAGCACCAUAAAAGAGUUGAAGGUCCCUACAAGGAUGCUUAAUGGAGAUGAUCAAACACUAAAAUACGGGCUAGACUCACCUCGGUUUACCAAGACUAACCCUAUUUUGUACUACAUGCUCCAAAGGAGCAAUGCACAACUGGUUAAAGAGGGGGAGGGACUAGAGGUUGGCUCGGGACAAAUGCAGACAAAGGUCAAAAAUGAGUCAUCAGGUGAUACUGAGGCCUUUGAACUUUAAAACAAAAUUCGCAGAAUUACAAUGGAACACUUAGUUGUGACUCACCACGGCUAAACGGGUCAUAGAAGAAAUACUAGUUUUGAGACUGUGAACCAGCAUCUGUGCUUGAACUAGAAAUGUGCUACUUUUUACUCUCUUCUACUUAUCUGAUUGCUACAGUACUUUCUAUUGAGGCAUCUCAUAUUUUUCACUUGAAUUACACGUCAUUGAGUUCACAAGAAGACCAUGAAACCAAAGUUCAUUUUGAAUAUUUACAAUCACGACUUUGGCUGAUUUCUUUCUUACUUUCUAAGUGGCAAAUGAAAUAAAAGUUUUCUACAGUACAAAAGGUGUUUGGAAGAUUUGCCCUCAUGUAUUUGUAACGGUAUCAGUUCCCACUCCGUUUUACACACAAUGAUCAGAAUUGGCCUGAGGCAGUAAGGUAUGAUGCACCAAUGCACAUGAUAAUCUGUAUAAACAGAUUGCACCUCAGCAGUUGUUAGUGAAUAUUCCUCAAUUUACCAUGCUGAAAUGAAGAAAUAACUGUGUUGUUAUUUUCGUCAAUGACGGGAAGGCUUUAAAUGUCAUAGUAUUUAUACGUUCAAAUGAAUUGAAUUUAAAAAAAAGAUAGGCAUCUCUCAUUGGUUCUGUAUUGUUCAAAGAAACCAACAGCAUUGCUAGAGCUGUAUGUUCAUUAUCAUGUUUGGAUAAUAUUGAAUAUGAGUCCAUCAGUGUUAAAACAUGGUAUCUUGAUAUCUAAAUGGUAUGUGAAGUGUGUAUAAUUUCCGUUAUCAAUGUCCUCUUUAAUUUCUCUCUUCCAUUGAAAAAACAAUGUUGUGAUGUGCUUUAUUCUUUACUCUGCAUUUUUCGCAUAUACCAUGUCAAGAAGGCAAUGGGUUUUUACAAUACUUUAGAAGAUGAUGAAUGAAAAUCACAAGAGUUCUUCAAAUGACUGCUUUUUGCUCAUAUGUUUUGUAUUUGUGUAUUUUAUGAACCGGUCUUGGUAUUAGCAUGUCAUAAGAUGUUUGUUCUAUUAUGCAAGAGAUUGCUGCAUCAACUUGAGACAAAUCAGCCCAAUCUCAGCUGUCUGUCAUGCUAAUGGACACAUUGAUCUAAUAAAGGGAGUGUUUGUGAUAUUAAGGCCAUUCCCACCAAAAUACAUAGCUCAUGUGAAGUUUUACAGUCUUAUGUUUGACAUGUUGUUUUUCAUCAAUCUUAAAGACUCGUUAUAAACUCUAUUUAUGUACAUAGCAUUAUCUUUAUGAAAGACAGCUAUUUUGUAUGAAUGAAAAGCAUUUUAGUUUUGAAAUUUCUUAAAGAGACUUCAAAGUAAAUGCCAUGUGAAUAUGUACUUUAGAGGAUGAUUUUUGUCCUUUUGCAUGUGUCUCCUGAUUAAACUACGAUAAUCUGUUCUGCAAUAUCUUGUGUUAUGUCAGAUAUUUAAGAGUACACUGCUGCCUGUUGCAUGCAGAUGCAUGAGAAGGUUCCUAUGUAUUAUUGGACAUGGGGAAAUUCAAAGUCUUAAGCAUAUAUAUAUAUAUAUAUAAAUAUACACACAAAUAUAUAUAUAUAUAUUUUGUCAUGGAGCCCAAUACAUAAAAUGUGAUCUGUACGUUUGUCAUGAAGAAAUAGACCGCUGGGCAAAAAUGUUUGAACUUUUGAAACAAAUGUGCAUAUGAAGAUAUUUAUUUUGUUUUUACUCAAUUUUAUUUUUUACAAGGAAAAAAGACAAACAAACAGGUUAACAAUCAUGUUCUGUACUGUACAGUACAACGAUGGAUUACUCUGACGUUUCAAAGACUUCUAUUAGUUUUGCAAUAUUGUUUUGAUGCAGGCUAACUGCAGUAUUGUGUAUCAUUAUUUCUAAAAAUACAUUUCUUUUGGGUGUUUACUUGCACAGAUUUUCAAUAAAGUUCUGAAAUGCACAAUCAG